AUGUCCUGCGAAGGUGAUCUGACUGAGGAGGAUGUGAACAGGUCCCAUAGCAGCUCAUCCCACACCAGGAUCAGCGCCGGCGGUGCGACGUCCUACAACUUGUUCGCUUACAUCGCUUUUCAUCUCUCGAACGGCAUCAAUCUGCUCGAUCCGGAGAGCUUGCCCAAGGUCUGCAGGCCCAACGACACUCGGAACGACAGAGAUCGAGAGCGCUGCUUCAUCAACCUCGACGAAGACGACGGCAUCAUUGUGCAUGUUCGCUUCACAGAGAUGGUGAGGAUCAAGCAGGUCUUGAUCAACGCAGGCACAGCAGGAGAGCGGCCAAGACGGGUUCGCAUAUGGGUCAAUCGACCUCACGCUCUCGGCUUUGACGAAUGCCAAGAGACGCGCCCUGAUCAAGAAUUCGAGACACUCGAAGGCGCCCUCGAGGCUGUGGAGUACCCGGUCAAGGUAGCAAAAUUCUCAAAUGUCUCGACAGUGACGCUUUACCUAGAAGGACCGCCAAGCUCGCAUAUGCGCGUCUUCUACCUCGGCUUCAGAGGCGAAUCACGCGUCUACAAGAAGGAAGCGGGAGAUGCCAUGACCGUCGGCGCAGAGACCGGCGUCGACUCUCCCGUCGACGGCAUACGCGAUAAAUUUGCGCCCAGUCAGACUUCUAUUCCUGCUGUCUUCAUCAUCGCUGCUGUACGAUGCCAAGCAAGUGAUGUCCAAACACAGUGCGCUCGAUUCCAUCCCUGCGCCGCAGGCCAGUCAGUCGAAGCCGACGAACGGCCGAUGCAAUACCAUCCGCAAGAAGCAGUGGCGCCCGGCAACAGCAGUCAUGAGAUCCACGGCCGGCAGCAUCUGGCACAUCGAAAGCGGUCCUACCUUGUGUCCCUCCGUACCGGCAUCACGCCCGAAAGUCACCUUGCCCGCCUCGAACAUUACCUCCAAUUUCAUACCGGCACACACGCGAUCGACAAAGGCGAUUCAAGCUACGCAGGUCAUGGAGCAAUGAAUCAGACCUUUGGCGACGAUGAGUUGGCCUACGGUGACAAUUUUGCUGCCUACGAUCCGGUGCGGCUCAAUAUGACUCGCGACGCUCUCGAGCUGCUCAAGCGAACCGAAGAGGUCGAGAUCAGACAUAUUUACGAACCUUGGCUCGGCAAUGGCUUUGCCGGUCAAUUUGGCGAUCUAGCACUGGCUUGGAUCAGGUCCUCGCAGGAUGUGGAUCACAUCUCAGUGGAUCACCGCCUGUCGCUCACCGGACAAAGUGUUUCCAGCAAGCUCAUUUAUGAACCGGAGCUUGCAACCUGGGGCCUUCAACGCGUCUCGCAGGCUGGACCGAUCCUAAAGUCACUGCAAGAAGACAUCCGCUUCAAUUAUACAUACUGUACUCCACGAACCCAGAGCGACAUGCAGGAAGUCGUCGUCUACAUCCUAGAUACGGGCAUCAAUGGCAACCACACCGACUUUGGCGGGCGAGCAAAGAUAGUCGCCCAGUUUGGUGGCUACAAGAUGCUCGAUGGCAACGGUCAUGGCACUCACGUAGCCGGUACUGUAGGCGGACGUAGAUGGGGUAUCGCGAAGAAUGUCACCAUCCGGGCCGUAAAAGUCCUAGACGAUAAUGGAGAAGGAGCAAAUAGCGACAUCAUCGCUGCAAUACAAUACGUCAUCAAUCAGUACGAUGCUCGCCAAAGUCCUCCUACUGUCAUAUCCAUCUCCCUCGGCGGUCCGCUGAACACGUUUACGAGCAUGGCAGUCAAGGCGGCCCAUCAAGCCGGCAUCCACGUCGUCGCUGCUGCAGGCAACGAGAAUCAAGACGCAUGCAAUCUCUCGCCGGCAGGCAGUCCCUUUGUGAUCACCGUCGGCUCCUCGUCUCUACAGGACGAACGCUCUUACUUUUCAAACUAUGGCCCUUGUGUGACACUGUUCGCACCUGGCGAAGACAUCACCUCCUCCUGGGUCGGCUCCCACGUUGCGGUCAACACCAUCAAGGGCACCUCUAUGGCUACACCCCACGUAUCUGGCAUGCUUGCCUUCUGGCUGUCAAAUCUGAGCCCCGGCACCAAACUUUCCCCGGAUGAUCUCAAAACAAAGCUCACAGCGACUGCGACCAGUGGCAUGCUCAAGCUCAAUUUGACCGGCUCAGCCCUCGCGCAGACUGCCAAUCUAAUGCUGAACAAUGGCUGUCACGAAUCAAGCGGGACGUCAGAGGAAGGUAUCAGCAAUGCGGACCACGACAGCUCCUCACGCAUUGACCAGUACUUUGAUGAUCAGAGUCAAGCACGCAAAGCAGACUCGGUAAUCGAUCCACGCGCAGGUCCUUGGUCAAUGAUGUUGUAG